AUGGAGCAUCUUUUGAAGCCCUCGAUUGCUGUCAAGCCCCAUCCUCCGAAACUCAAUGUCCAGCCUCGCAUUCUCUAUCCAUUGAUGGUCCUUCCCCGCGAACGUCUGCCUCUCUCUUGCAUCGAUUUUCACGCUACCAAUGUUGAUCUUGCUUCUUAUCGAUUCUUCGAGUCUCAUAUCAAGAUCCUCGACUUGGAGAGUCGAAUGGGCUCUGGCCCCGUGGUACUUCUAGCCAGAAAGGAAGCAAGUCGUGCCGUAUACGCUCUCGAGCGACAACCCAACGGAGUAUAUAUUGUAUGCAGGCUAGGACCCUGGGUAGACUUGGAGGCUCUGGCAGACAACGCAUCUGCUGUCUGUCGAGAACGCUUACGCCCAACUGCUAGAACCGAGUCUCAAAGCCAAUACGGGCCCUCCGUAAUCACCACCCCACACAUUCAUAAGGAGGAAAAGAUCAAACAAGCGGCCAUCGAAGCUAUUCAAACCCUGGUCCGCAAAAGGCCUAGGUCGCAGUCUGUUUCAACAUUGGCCGAGUCUGUGAAAAUAGAAGCUGCCCCCGAAGCUGCUACGACUGCAGAGUCUAAACUUCCAUCGCCAACCUUGAGACCAGAAGAACUGGCACAAACCCUAAGCGAGCAGCAGGCUCAGGCGUCACGUCCAACAACUGCAAUUUCAACAUCUGGCAUCAUCGAGGGGCCUUCCCAGCAGCCGACUACAGAAAGUUUAUUCGAAACCUUAAGAACCCAGUACUUUGAGAUGCUAUACAAGUCCAUGGGAUCGCUCGCCUAUUUUGCCAAAGGGCCUCUCUCUCGUGCUCGUUCUGCUUUCCAUCUCGACCUUGAAGCUAAUCUAGAUAUUGAGGAUCUUAUCGAAUUCUUGAAAGGACUCGUGCUGACCACUGUCCAAAUCGACAAAAAAUACCGUGAGACUGUUCCAGCUCUCAUAGCCCAGAUGAAAACGGCGGUGGAUAGUUCUGACGAGGGCCCGAAGAGAAAGCGCCGAGCCAAGAAGAUGAAGAUCGGAAAGGAUGGACUCUAUCCACAUGAAGAAACUCAUAUCAGAAAGUGGUGGGCCACCAACAAGCCUGAACUGAAAGAGGACGAGACCAACGUUUCCACUCAACAAAUUCGAUCACUUACCUCUAUGCUUCGCACGAGAGAAACCCAGCUCCAGAUAAUAAUCAUAUUGGAGAUCCUGGCAUUGACUCCCCUGAAACCCGCAGACGGUGCGGAAGAUAGCCAGCUCCCCCUACUGCCUGGUGCUGCUGAAUCUCAGGGUGACACGGUGGUUCCGUCGGCCAAGAAGCGGAGCAAACAUAAUCUUCCUGUUCUUGUAGAUGUCCACGCUGAUCGAUUGACUAUUUGGCAAUCUACUGCUUCCGACGAGCAGCUGCUUUUAGAAGACUCCCAAAUCACCCAAGCACCGGAUGGUCAAUCUCAGCAGAAGGCGUCAUCGGAGCCUCUGAAAGACUUUUGCGUGGACAUCAUUGUGCCAUUCUUCUCCCAUAGGCUCCCAGAGCUAUGUGAUUCGAUCAACCGUAAACUGGGAGGACCGGUCAUUGUGAAACCUACAAGGCCAAAGGUUCUGAAACGACCAUCAAGCAAGCGUUCGCCUAAGCCAGGAGCAGUUGCCAAACGCUCUUUAUCAGGUCAGCCUACAAGAACGUUGCAAAGAGCUCUUUCGACAGAGCAGCAGUCGCGACGAAGUGUUUCCAGAGGCCCCAGCAACAUGAUUGCCCUCAUGCGCUCUGCAACAUCCACUUCUCUGCCAGGAAUCAAGCGAGAAGCUAGCGAUCCAUCCCUGGCUAAGUCGGUCCUAAACGCUGAGCCCGAUCUAAUGAAUAGGAAGAGUGGGCCAUUAUCUCGGAGCAGCAGUGUUACCAACCUGCAAGACGCAAAAUCUAACAAAAAGGCUCAAGUUGAAGCAGAGCUAAAAGAGGCUAUUUCUUCUUUGAGGAAGCCUAACCGCGAAGUUGUCGGUAAGGCACUGGCUGAAGCGGCUGAGCGGCGAGCAACAGUGGGCUCUUCGGCCAAGAAAGUGAGAAAGCCAGGCAGAAGCUCUCUAGGCGGAUCCGUUGUGAAGGCAACGCCAGCAAACACACGUUUCAGAGAUGUAUUUGCAAAACCACAUGUGGCAGAUACCCCCAUUAUGAGCACUGAAGAUGUCAUUCCUCCUUCAAGCCUUCCCUCCAUUGUUCCCUCUACUGGUUUCCGAGGAGCACAGCGGGAUGGCUUAGGUCAGAGUCCGACUCCUGACAUUGAAAGGAUCGGCAGUACGCCUACAAAGGCUGGAUCAAGUUUCAUUCGUCGGCCUAGGAUCGAUGAAGACGUUUUGCCAUUCCCGCCGUCUUCGCCGUCUCUAGAACGACGAACUAUAUCUGCUGCCGACCUGUUCAACCCGAGUGGAGUCACGAAUCGAAAAAGAAAGGUCAGUUUCACUUUUUCUCGUGAUGACGAGCUUUUGGCAACGCCCGUGAAGGGUAUGAAAACAAAAAACUUAGAUUUGGAACAUCAGGCGGCCGAGUCCAUGCCUGCUAAGUCGGUGUCAAUAUAUGAGAAACUCGGAUGGGAUGACGACCUAGAUGACCUGUUAUGA